CAGAUCACACAGCUCUCUCCCGUUGGAGAAUUCCCUCGUUGUAGUGAUAAAAAGGAGGAAUCAGUCAGAGAAAACGCUCUUUUUGCAUUUGGGCAUGGAGGUGGAGGACCCCAUAUCUGCCAAAUUUCAGACUCUCAUUGAGUCUCUUAUGGCGAAAACAACCUCAGAGAUUGUGAAGGUUUUUGCUGAAGUGCUCUUGGAGACUAGGGUGGAGAUCUCCCGUAGCUGGAAAGAAAUUGAUGAGCUGAAGCAGAAGUUGGAAGUGAGUGAGGAGCAGAGGGCAGAGGCUAUUUUGAGAAGUGAAACAACUGUCAGCUUCAAAGGAGAAACGGAGGAGGUAUCGGUGUCGCAUGAGAGCCCUCAAAUUGCUGUUUCAGACGCUAGUACCAUUUGCCCAGAGGAGAGAGGAAGUGAGGGUGUAGUGCAAAUAUCUAAGGAUACCAUAGUUGAGAACCCAGAGAUCACAGAGAGCAGCGUGGUGGUCCAUGAACCAGCAACUUCACAGACAACACCAGAUAUAUGUGGUGUUAACUCAUCUAUAACCAGUCCAAACCACACCCAAGAGAUCCAAGUUUCCCAGACUGUAGUUAAACGUAAAAGAGGUCGUCCUGCUAAAUCGUCCAAAGUCACAGAACUUCAAAAAUCAGCACAGACCGAAGUGGUGUCAAAAUUGCCACUCCAGGCUAUUUCAGUGGUUGACCCUCAACUACCCUCCUCUAGUACUGGCAUAAUAAUACUCAGUAAGAACAGAGGUAAGAGGGGAGCAGUGGUGACAAGGAAAAAAUACAUCCAAAAAAGAUUGGCCUCAAAAAGUAGCAUCACUACUACACCCACACUUCGUGACAGACAGCUCCUUAACAGCCAGAGGCCUUGUUUGUGCUGCUCGUCAGACCAAUGCUCAGAGCAAGAGAAGCAGCUAAAUAACAAUCCCCAGGAGGUUCUACAAGUAUACACCUGCAGGAAAUGUGGAAAUAAGUUUCAUGAACGGAUGCAAUUCAAAGGCCACAAGUGCUCCACUAUGCAUGAGUGCAACAGGUGUGGACAGACAUUCAAAAAUCUGAGGAAUCUCGCUGCACACAGGCGAAGUGUACAGUCUUCAACCAAGCCAUUCCCAUACUGCUGCUAUCUUUGUGGUCAUAUGUUUGCUACCCAGUGUGGUUGGAAUAUGCACAAGAGGAUUCAUGCCCAUUCUAAUCUUGCUGAGAAUUCUCUCCAAGACAACCCCAAACCCCCGCAACUUACACUGCCCAAAGAACUUAAGGCCAAGGUGGAGGUUCGCUUGGAGAGGAUUUCAAAUGCUCAGUUGGAAGCUGCCUUGUGCCCUAAAAGCUCUUUAUUGCAAGAUGAAAAAGCCAGUCUGAGCUCCAUGGCCAUGGUGCAGAACCUGCCCUCAGGAGUGGAAACCCUUACAUCUAGCAUGGAUGCCAAUGUGCCAUCAACAGACAGAGUUAUGAGUGCACUUGAGCCAAGCAAGGAAUCUGGCUCUCAGACCGUGACCAAAGGUAUCUUGGGUUCUAGAUCAGGACCUGGGAUAAAUGAAAACAUGAAGCAAUCAGAUGACAAGAUGAGAGAUCCUGUCAUUCCAGCUGCCUCUGGCGAAAUCCAGCCAACAAAAAAGGAGAGUUGCUCAAUAUCAUUGACUGUACCUACAGUCGCCAGUGAAGAAUGUAAAGAAGGAUCUUCUGGUGGAAGUGAUGAAUUAACACCGGGAUUAAAUUCACUUUCAAGAAAGCGGAAAAUGUCAGAUUGCAAUCAUGACGUGUACAAUGGGGUAUUUCCUGUUGAGAAAAUUCUUAGAUGGCGAAACACAAAGGGCCGAAAUGAAGUCAGAGUUAAGUGGAUGCCUUGCUCAUUAUGUGGGGCAAAAUGGAAAAACACAUGGGAGCCAGCUGAAAGUUUUACCUCUUACAAGGACAGCAGAAAUGAAGAUGCAAAAUGAAGAAUCCGAAAUGCAAAUAAGCAGAAUUGAAAUUUUAUUCUGAGUACAAAGACUAUGGUUAAAAUUUAAAAUGUGUGUUGUAAUAUAUUUAAUGUUUCCACUCACUCACCAAUGUUAUCUGGACCCAUAUAAAUGAAGCAUCUCUGUACAGUUACUCCUUUCGAUUUAUAGUGAGCUGUAUGCGUUUGGAGACAUUAGCCGUUGUAUUCUGGGAGAUUUUAUUUAAAUAACACCAUUACUGCAUGACUUGUCUCAACAUGCUGUGGCCUCUUAAAACAAAAAUAGAGGUCAAAGCAGACAAAAGGUGACAAAGCGAUGUACCUAAGAUUCACUGAUUUAGAUGGUUUUACAUGUUUAGGGAUUCUGAUAUGUGGACAGAGAUGUGUAGUGAUUUUAAUUGAAGGAUUUUUGAAGGUUAUUUUGCAGCUGCAAGUUAUAGGGUUUAAUGUCUGUCAAAUUGUCCAUUUAAAUUGUUCAUUGGUUUGCUGCAUCAUAAAGUCAGUGGGAGGUUCAUCAGUUUGUUAAAUUUCGUUAAAGAUUGUCCUCUCAGAAUUGCCAUAUUACAUUUCUUUCAGAGUACUGAAAAGUUUAGUUUCAGUUAAUAAAUUGGUUCCGGACUAUUUUACUUAUCUUUUAGAAUGUUACAAGCUACAUAGUGUUGUGUAUUUUUGGUGAUCAAUGUAAUGUCCAUUGUUUGGAGAGAUACCAUGCUUUUCCCCCAUAUGAGAGCUAGGUAUUCUUGCUUUAUUUAAAAUAAAAUUUACAAAAUUAUAUAUAUAUUGAGCAGUAAGUGGUCAAGUUGUGUGCAAUUUGUCUCUAGAACCACUGUGGUUUUACUUUUUACUUUGAAGGCCUUAAGACCAUUUUGUGUCAGCUGAUUAAUGACUGACUUUUGAAGCAAAUGUUUACAUGAUGUUAUGUCAGUGUACGAAACAUGUUCCUAAAUUUUUUGCAAGUUUUCCUGAAAGUCACUUUAAGCACAAUACCUAAGUCAGUUCCAUGCUGUAUAGCUUUAACAAAAACAUUGACGUUGAAUCUCAGUUGCUGCAGAAAAUUACAUGUGCAGUACGUAGAUGUGAACUAAAUUUUAAAACUGCUUCAUGUUGUUCUACUGUUAAAUAUCUCUGCAUCUUGUGCAAUUGUGCU